AUGAUCACAACACUGGGCACCGAGAUAGCCCUUCGGCUAGCUCUCCUCGCAUCGGCGAUACAGCUUGCCUAUGCCGCCGCAUUGCCGAUUCUUUCUGGGGACGAUGAACGCGUAUCUCUGACCGUAAGAAAAGAGAAAACAUUCAAGAAGAUCAAAAUCACCAAGGAAAAGAAGAACAAAAACGUUGUCUACAUCCACCUGUCCAAACCGGCCAUUAUUGGGCUUGUCAUUGGCGUCGUCGUCUUAAUCGUCUUUCUCGUUUUUCUUUUCAAAUGCAUCAUCCCGAGAAUGAUACAACGAAAGGCCUUGAAGCAGCAGCAAGAUGAGGAGAAGGAAACCAGCGAGAAGCGGCCGCCAAGUUCAUUGUCCACGGCAAAUGGGCCACCCAAAGCACCACAACCGCAAUAA